CCAUAGUCAAGGAAGUGAUAGUGACUCUGGAACUGGCUGCAACAAUUUAGCGCUGGCAAAUACCGUUUGCUAACAAUUUAGCAUUAAAAAUAUUAAAUUAAUUUAGAGCAUGUGAUCUCCAUCAGUUUCGUAUUCGGAAUAAUGCAAAUGUUUCACCGCACUGAUUCAAGAGAGACGCACAAUCCGCCCAGAGGACUGCAGCGACGCGACGUUAGCUUGAGCUAGUCAGGUAACGUUCGCUAACUUGCUGCAACCGGUGAGACUGACGUCAGGCACAGAGACCCGGGAACCAUGAGCGACAGGCUCGGCGACGCCCCCUCCGCCAGCUGCAGCAUCACGGGGCUGCUGGGCGCCCUCUGCGACACCUGCAUUUCGGGGGUGUCGUGGAAACGGCGCGCCUCGGGCGCGGCCUCCCGCGAGGCGGUCCGGCGGGACCUGAGGAAGCGGGCGUACGGGGCCCUGCUGUCCGAGCUCUUUCGGGAGGGACCCCCAAACAAGGGGGCGGCGAGACCCGACCCUUGGGCUUCCACCCCCGCCAGAAACAAAGUGCUGAUGAUCUCCUUCGACCUGCGGGUGGCGGGGAGGCAGGAGGAGGCGCAGAGGCUGGAGGAGCUCCUGGGCUCCCUGGGGGGGGAUUCGGGCCUGGUGGAGCUGGACUCGGUGCUGGAGCUCCUGGUCCGGCUGGCGGGCUCCGUCCCUCCCCCCGCCCCCUCCUUCAGCCGGGACUACAUGCGCAGGGAGCGGCCGGUGACCCGCAGGCGCCCCCUGGAGGGCUACGUGAGCGAGGAGCUGGCGCGCCUGGAGGUUCGCGCCCGCGACCUGGUGUGGGCCGAGGAGUGGGGCGCCCUGGGGGACCUCCGAGGGGGCCUGGGGCUCAUGGACGCCCCACCGGGGACCGGCCUCUUCCGCCUGGGGGGCCGCGGCGAGGGGGAGGAGCGCUUCGAGAGGGAGACCAGGACGUCGCUGUUCGGGGCCCUGCAGCACAGCCGCACCUCCGACCUGGACGUCCGGCUGGACCCGCCCCCCGUCCCCAGCAACGCCGAUGUCACGGGCCUGGCCAUACGGGUUCCUCCCUGUCUGGAUCAGUCGGAGGACGAGGGGUUCCAGUCGGCCUCCAACCUGACCCCGGUGUCGCAGUGGGAGCCGAGCCCCGGGCCGGAGCCGGACGUGUGGGAGGCCCUGCCCACCUUCGUGCCCAGCCGCCGCCGCUGCUGGGAGGGGGUGGGCUGGCCCCCCGGCAGUAAGGAGGACCCGUACCUGACGGAGGCCGGCCGGGAGGCCUUCGACCAGCUGUACCGGCUGUGGGAGGGGGGUGUGAGGGGCCUGAGCUCGGACCCGGCCUCGCCCCCGCUCCCCGCCCCCCAGGACUGUCAGAGCCAGCUGGUGGGGGACCUCCUCAACGUGCUCAUCGGAGUGGCGUCUGCCACGUUCCCCCUAAACCAGGCGUGUGCACAGUUCGAGGUGCGGCCCGGGGUGUGCAUUUCGGGGGCGUCCCCGGAGAGCGCCUCCCGGCUGCUGGGGGACCUGGCGCAGUACGGGACGCACUACCUGCGGCUGAGCCGCUUCUCCCUGCAGAGCGCCCAGAGGCGAGGCCUGGUCUUUCAGGCCUUCACAGGUGGCUUGCGGAGGUACCUGCAGUACUACCGUGCCUGUGUGCUCUCCACCCACCACACCCUCAGCCUGCUGACCAUCUGCUUCCUGUUCCGCAAGCUGGGCCGGCAGCUCAGGUAUCUUACUGAACUGUGCUGUGUGGAUGGGGUUUCUGCUGUGAACCAGGCUACUUUCCCCGUGGGUGUGAAGCUGCUCUCUUACCUGUACAAUGAGGCCCAGAGUAACUGCAGUAAUGAGAAUUACCCUGUGCUGCUGUCCCUGCUGAAGAGCAGCUGUGAGCCCUACACACGGUUCGUGUCCGACUGGGUGUACAGCGGCGUGUUCAGGGACGUCUACGGCGAGUUCAUGAUCCAGGUCAACGAGGACUACCUCGGCUUCAGAGAUAAGCACUUCUGGUCGCAGGGGUACACCCUGAUCUCGCACAACGUGGAGGAGUGCGUGCCCGUCUUCCUCCGCCACAUCGCCAGCGACGUCUACAUCUGCGGCAAGACCAUCAACCUGCUCAAGAUCUGCUGCCCCCAGCACUACAUCUGCUGGUCGGAGCUGCCCGUGCCCCGCAUCGCCGUCACCUUCUCCCUGCAGGAGGUGGAGGAGAUCGAGCGGGACUGCGCCGUCUACCGCGGCCGCGUGGGCAUGAUCGCCAAGCACAGCGCCGUCAGCAGGGAGGAGCAGGCACAGCGUGCGGAGCAGGCUCGGCAGGAGCUGAUCAGUCAGGUCAGAGCGACCACCGCCAAGAGUCUGGAGAGCAUUCGAGGGGUGCAGGUGUCCCGGCGCCUGACAGAGGAGGCAAAGAAGAGGGGGCGCUUUGAGGAGCAGAAACAGCAGCUGGAGCUGGUGCAGGAGUGGCGCAACACGGCGAAGAGGAAGGAGCAGGAGGACGAGUUUGGCUUCAUCAGGGAGCUGCAGGACUGGGAGAAGAGACUGCAGGCCCUGGAGGAGCAGCUGGAGCGCAGGGCCAGGAAGGAGCUGCUGGACCAGUACGCUCGGCUGACGGAGGAGGCGACCAGGAGGGAGAGGCGGGCCGUGUGGCGGGUGCAGCGCUUGCGUCUGGACGAGAGCCGGGCUCGCUUCCUGCGGGAGGAACAGCGCCUCACUCAGGCCCUUCUGGAGCGGUACCCCCUGGGCCAGCCGGGACCACCGCCGGACCCGCCCACACCGGCCUGCGCACCACAGCCCGCCCAGGUUCACCCCGAGAAAGAGGUGCAGGAUGCGCCCACCGGCCCAGAGGACACACCCACUGGCCACAAGGACACGCCCACCGGGCCCCAGGACACGCCUGCAGACCCCCAGGACACGCCCACCCCCGCCGGAGACGACGUGCCGAUCUUGGACGCGGUGGACAUCAGAGACUUCCUGCCGAAGCCGCCGCGCCCGCUGGACUCACAGGAAGUGGACCGGGCGCUGCAGGACAUCGGCUCCGACCUGCCGGAGGCCGCCGCCCCCCCGGCCUCGGCCCCUCCCCCGACCCCGGGCCCGGACUACGACUUCAGCGCCCCCUACGUACCCCUGGAGGGCCCUCACCCCAGCCCCCGCUGGGAUCCCGCCGUCCCGCCGCUCGUCCCCGUCCAGGACGGAGAGAAGACGUCUGAGGCGCAGGGGGAUGCCCGGGGCCCAGGGGCCCCGCCUCGCCCACCCCCCGGCCCGGACCAGGAGGGUCAGCGAGAGACUGCUGCAGCUCAGCCAGUCCGCCAGGAGGGGGCAGCACUGCCAAAGGCCUCAGAGAGCGUAGAUACUGCAGGGGCCAUUGAUGACCAGGCUAUUGGACGGCAGCCUGAGAAACAGCCCCUCCCCUCUCAUCCUACCUGCAGAGAAGAGAACUUUGCCCCUGAGGAGGUCAAUUUAGUACUGCAAGCCAGCACCCAUGAACCCACCAGCCAGGCUAACGUCACAGUGGGGGUGUCCAGUCCCUCCCCUGCUCCUCACAGCCACGCCUCCAACGCCCAUAUAAGGGUGGGAGAGCAUGUAUCUGAGGUCAUUACUCCUCUUCCCACUCCCAGCAUCCAUGGCCACGCCUCCGAUGCCCAUAUAAGGGUGGGAGAGCAUAUGUCUGAGGUCACUGCUUUUUUCCCUACCCCCAGCAUCCAUGGCCAUGCCUCCGAUGCCCAUAUAAUGGUGGGAGAACAUGUAUCUGAGGUCACUGCUUGUUUCCCCACCCCCAGCAUCCAUGGCCACGCCUCCGAUGCCCAUAUAAGGGUGGGAGAGCAUGUAUCUGAGGUCACUGCUUUUUUCCCCACCCCCAGCAUCCAUGGCCACGCCUCCGAUGCCCAUAUAAGGGUGGGAGAGCAUGUAUCUGAGGUCACUGCUUUUUUCCCCACCCCCAGCAUCCAUGGCCACGCCUCCGAUGCCCAUAUAAGGGUGGGAGAGCAUGUAUCUGAGGUCACUGCUUUUUUCCCCACCCCCAGCAUCCAUGGCCACGCCUCCGAUGCCCAUAUAAGGGUGGGAGAGCAUAUAUCUGAGGUCACUGCUUUUUUCCCUACCCCCAGCAUCCAUGGCCACGCCUCCGAUGCCCAUAUAAGGGUAGGAGAGCAUGUAUCUGAGGUCACUGCUUUUUUCCCCACCCCCAGCAUCCAUGGCCACGCCUCCGAUGCCCAUAUAAGGGUAGGAGAGCAUGUAUCUGAGGUCGUGACUUUUGUCCCCACCCCCAGUAUCCAUGGCCACGCCUCUGACAGCAGCAUAAAGGUGGGGGGGUUCGUGUCGGACGUGACCCCCUUCCACCCCCGUUGGAGCAAGCACGGCCACUCCUCCGACUCCGCCCUGAUGGUGGGGUGUGUGGUUUCGGGGACCGAACCGCUCCCGUCCCCCCUCCCCGGGAGCGGCUACGGCCACUCCUCUGACUCCGCCCUGGGCUCGGGCUGUGUGACGAUGGACAGCAGGGGGCUCCACACCCCCUUGACAAUAGAAGAACUGGAGGCCGAGCUCGAAGCAGGGGCCCACGGUGAGCCGGGGCGGCCGCCGGAGGCCUCGCCCGACGGGGGCGCGGAGCGGGACUACCUGGCGGCGCUGGCGGCGCAGUACGAGGUGGAGCAGUACCAGGACUCCUACAGCCUCAUGGCCUUGGCCCCGGACUCCCAGCUCCUGCAGCAGGUGACCGGGGGCCCCUACGGGCUCCCGGGGGGCCCCUCCCUGGGCAGGGCCACGGACGCCACCGCCGUGCAGCUCAGUGAGCUGGUCUCCCUGCCCGUGCUGAUGAAGCACUCCGUCACCACCCCCCUCAUCACGCAUGUAUCUCUGGUGAACAAAGCGGUGGUGGAUUACUUCUUCGUAGAGCUGGGUGUGGAGAGGCACUUUGAGGCUCUCCGGCACUUUCUACUGAUGGAGGAUGGGGAGUUUGCUCAGUCGCUCAGCGACCUGCUGUUUGAGAAGCUGGGCAGUGGCCAGACCCCGGGGGAGCUGCUGACUCCUCUGGUGCUGAACUCCAUCCUCAGCAAGGCCCUGCAGUACAGCCUGCAUGGGGACAGCGCCCUGGCCGCCAACUUCACCUUCGCCCUGCGCUUCCUCCCCGAGACCUUCCACCCCCUCGCCCCCGACGCCCUCAACUGCCUGGAGCUGCGCUACAAGGUGGACUGGCCCCUGAACAUCAUCAUCACCGACAGCUGCAUGAACAAGUACAACCGCCUCUUCUCCUUCCUGCUGCAGCUCAAGCACAUGGUGUGGACGCUGCGCGACGUCUGGUUCCACCUGAAGAGAGCAGCGCUGGUGAAGGGGGCCGGGAGCUCGGUCCAGUUCCGCCAGCUGCAGCUGUUCAGGCACGAGAUGCAGCACUUCGUCAAGGUGAUCCAGGGCUACAUCGCCAACCAGAUCCUGCAGGUGUCCUGGAGCGAGUUCACCCACAAGCUGGGCAGCGCCAGCGACCUGGACGCCAUCCACCACAUCCACGCCGACUACCUCAACAGAGCCAUCUUCAGGGGCCUGUUGACGGAGAAGGCGGCGUCCGUCAUGAACAUCAUCCAUAGCAUCUUCAGCCUCAUCCUCAAGUUCCGGGCGCAGCUGAUCGCGCAGCCCUGGAGCCGCCAGCAGGGGGAGCUGGUGCACCCCAGCUUCGUGGCCCUGCAGCAGUCCUACAACACCUUCAAGUACUACUCCCACUUCCUCUUCAAAGUGGUGACCAAGCUGGUUAAUCGGGGCUACCAGCCCCACCUGGAGGACUUCCUGGUGCGCAUCAACUUCAACAACUACUACAAAGAGGCCUGAGGGGGGGCGGGGCCUCCGCACGGCCGGGAGGGACCGGGACCGAGAACCCCCUUAAAGCCCGUGUUCUGAGCCGCCCCGUCCCGUCGUUUCCUGUCUCCGCCCACUUUUCGGCGGCUUCGCCUUCGCACGCCGUCUCAACCGUGGGGGCUCGCGCCCGUCACGUGGGUGACUCCGCUUGGCGUGGGUUGCGGCCGAACGGCCGGCGCCACGCCCUAGGCCGCAUGCCGCAGGGAACCUGUCCGUUGCCGUAACGACACGCCUGGGCGGUCAUGCUCUCCGUCCUACAUGCUCUGUGCAGUGUGGCCCAUUAGCCGUUAUUACUGUGAGUCCAUCUGUGAUUGUGGCUCUGUGCUCUCGAUAGGAAACCCCACCCCCCCCCCCCCCCCUUGUGAGAGAAUCCAAUAAAAAUGCAUUUUGUUUUAAA